AUGGAUGUAAAAUCUGAGAGGUGCCAUAAGUUGGGCGACCCGUUGGACCAGAAGGACGCCACGUCUAUGUCGCAGAAAAAGGACGAAGAUCGGGCAGCUGGUAGUGACCUCUACGCCGAAGAUGUCGACGGACAACUAGCGGUACUGCCCGAAGUCCCACCAACGACGGAAGAUGUGAGGAUCGACGAUAUCCAAUUGUGCGGAUCCGACAAUCAGACGCCGGAAGAAAUCGACCGGCUCCGCCAGUGGAUCUGGAAGUUCCGACAUCUUUUGAUCGGCAAGGGAAAUGCGCUCCCACCAGCAGCCCGAUGUGUGUGGGAUAUUGAUGUGGGAGGAGUUCAGCCGAUCGACCUUAAGUGCCGUAAGCUGCAGAUCCAGUUCCGAGCGAAAUUGGCAGAACUGAUCAAGGGUCUCCUGUCGGCCAAGAUGAUCAAUCACUCAAGAUCU